AUGAGCGCAACAGUACCCGCCAUCCUUGAGAAGAAGAGUUUUGUAGUAGUCACAGGAGCCGGUCGAGGUCUUGGCCGAAGUAUUGCUUCGAAGUUGGUGGAGAAACUUCCGACGUCAUCAUUUUUUGUGUUUCUAUCCCCGCGCAAUACAGGACAGGAAAGCCUUGCGUCGGAAUUGUCUACAUCACACCCAAGAGUGCAGAUUCGAACCCAGGAUUUUGACCAGGGUGAAAUGAACCAGACUAUUUUCGAUGCCAUUUUCAUAGAUAUUUUAAGAAGGGAUGGUUUAGAACCCAACGAAUUCGAUCAAACUAUUCUGGUGCAUAAUAGUGCAAUAGUUGGGGACGUUUCAAAGUGUACUUGGGACUUGACGGAAGUGACGUCAUUGGUACGUCUAUUUGACGUAAAUCUCGUUGGUAUGAUACUCCUUAAUUCAUCAUUUCUAAAAACUUUUUCGGAAGUCGCCAGCCGCGUUAUCGUCAAUGUGACGUCAGGAAAUGCCAUACGACCUUACAAAACCAUGAGUACAUACUGUACAGCCAAAGCUGCACGUGACAUGUUUUUCCGUGUGCUGGCGUCAGAAGACCCGACUAUCCGAGUCCUCACUUACUCGCCUGGCCAUGUUGAUACCGACAUGUUGAAAUACGUACGUGACAACACAGUUGACAAGGAGCUCUCCGAGAAGAUUAAAGUGGCAUAUACAGAGGGCCGAGUGCAGAGUUGUGACAGUUCCGCAGAGAAAUUAAUCGCCAUCUUGGAAAAGAACACAUUUGAAAAUGCUUCUUACGUUGCAUUUACUGACCCUUUGUGA